AUGUGUGUUUUGUUCGCCAGAAUUUUUUUAAAGCUCGUUCUAGUAAUUGGUGAUUUUCAUAUCCCGGAUCGCAGUGUUUGUAUUCAUCCAGCUUUUAAAGCUCUUCUUUCGCCGGGUAAAAUCCAUCACGUGUGGUGCACAGGAAAUUUGACAAAUAGAAUCCUUUAUGACCAAUUGAAAUUCAUUUGUGCCGAUAUUCAUGUCGUCAAAGGUGACUUCGAUCAGCUCCCCUUCCCGGAAACCAAAGUACUUACUGUUGGGAAACUAAAAGUUGGACUCACCCACGGACACCAAGUUGUGCCCUGGGGCAGUCGCGAAAGUCUCUCAAUCCUACGAAGGCAGCUCAAUGUCGACAUUCUCAUUUCUGGGCAUACACACGAAGCGGAGGCCUACGAGUAUGAUGGGGGCAUAUUUUUAAAUCCAGGUUCUGCUACCGGUGCUUUCACUCCUCUACGAAGGGGCUCACAACCUACCUUUAUGUUAUUGGACAUACAAGAAGGCACGAUCAAUCUCUAUACGUACCGCUUGGUAGGUACUGAACAUAAAGUCGAACGGACUCAAUUCCCCGGAGUGGCAUGA